GAGGAAGAGCCAGGGCCCGCGCUGCGCUCCGGGUCACGGCUUCAGCGUCUCGUGCGGCGCUCUGCCCCCCGUGCAGCGGGAGCAGGAGCCCCCCGUGAAGUGGUUCAGAGAGAAGGUGCGCAAGAGCCUGCUGGGCAGCGGGAGCUCCGACAGCGGCGCGGAUGAGCUGCGAAGGCCUGCGCACCGCGGCGCCCCGGUGCGGCUGGUGUACAUGCAGCCGUCGGAGUUGGCCUCCGCGAUCGGGCAGCCGGACCUCCAGGUAAUAGACCUCGGGGGCGACGCGCUCGCCGCGGACAGCAUUCCCGGGGCGCUCCACGUGCCGCACGGCGGCUUCGAGCUGGAGGCGAGUGCGCUGGUGGACCGAUCCUACGGCGGUAAGACACUCGUGUUUUAUUCCGGGGCGUCAUUCAGUCACGGCCCUCUAUGCGCGACGCAGUUUAUCCGUCAGCUACAGCAUAAGUACCCCGACAGCACUUGCAAGGUUCGAAUUCUCCAGGGCGGCGAUUUCGCGUGGCUGAUCACACAGAUGCAGUUCCACGGCAGGGAGCUCUCUGAUGAAUAGUUUUCGGAUAGCGGAGGCUGUUACCUCCAUUUUUCACUGCAGGCCAUGCCGAAGGCGUGCAAAAUAUUGCUGCCAUCGUGCUGCCUUCAUGCCCUCCGUGCCCUGUGAGUACUGCUGCAAUACAUCUGUGUCUUCGUGGUCUCGGGGUUUGCCGCGGCGGCCGUGCAGCGAGAUGCACGGUCGACAUCUGCCCUGGGGGCUCCUGCCACGAGCCUCCGGUCCCCGAUGCAUGGGUUUGGGGACGUUGCGCUCAUUGUCUCUUCGGUUUUGGACACGCCUCCCUGCGCCGCCCGUCCGAGCUUUUUUCUGUCGAGCGCGCCGAUAUGGACCGCGCGUAGGGCAGGAGCGGCGGCAGUGACAGCCGCAGUGCUCGCAGCAUUAACGAACCCCUCACCUUACCAUCUAUGAUUUAUUGUGCAACUGCUAACGUAAGUGUACAUGGCUUGGCGACGCGAAGUUAUGCCGGCCGUCUGAGGGCCACUUUCUGGAAUGUUAUUCGCAUCGCCUUUCCCUCG